AUGGAAAUUCCUUAUCAGUUUCCUCCAAUGGAUAGUAGUAAUAUUUUGAGUUGGAAUGUUAGAGGGCUUAAUGGAGUUAAUAAGCAUAGCUCUGUUAGUGACAUUUGUAAAAGUAACAGAAUAGGUGUUGGUGGCCUUUUAGAGACUAAAAUGAAGGGCAGCAAAAUAAGUAGGUUUAUAGAUCUUCAUUUUCCGAAUUGGGAUUACUAUACUAGUUCAGUUAUUGAAGGUCGUCUUUUGAUAGUUUGGAGGAAGUCAUUUGUUAAGAUCACUGUCUUAGAGGAAUCUAACCAAUUUGUUCAUUGUUUGGUUAAGUUGACUGGUGUGCAGCAGGAUUUUGGUGUAACUUUCGUCUAUGGUUUGAAUUCGAUAGAGGGAAGGAGAAGUCUUUGGGAAGGGCUUCGAAGGCCGUUUCUUAAGGACAAAGCUUGGUUAUUUUUAGGGGACUUUAAUGCCCCUUUUUCAGGCAAAGACAGAUCGGGAGGGAAGCCUAUUUUAGACUUGGAGCUGGUUGACCCCAUUCGGUGGCUUGCAGAAGCUUAUGUAGAGCCUUUAAAAAGUGUUGGUUCUUAUUUUACUUGGACCAAUAACCAAAAUGGUGAUGCUAGAAUUUACACUAAAAUUGAUCAUGUGCCCAUAAAUGAGAAAUGGAUUGAUUUGUUUCCUCAAUCUACUGCUAUGUUCAGAUGGGAAGCUAUAUCUGAUCACUGCUCUUGUCUUGUUAAAACUCAGGUUCCAGAGAAGAUGGGGACUAGAGUGUUUCGGUUCUACAACUAUUGGACAGAACAUCAUGAUUUUCAUGCUCAGGUCUUAAGGAGCUGGAAGCUGUCGAUUAAUGUUGCUGGUAUUAAGGCCAUUUAUCUUAAAUUGCUGAGACUAAAACAUUGUUUGAAAGCCUUUAAUAUAGACAAAAUUGGAGAUCUGAAGGUUAACUACUUCAAGGCUAAAGAGACUUAUCAAGAAGCUCAAAUGCAAGCUCAAGAUUACCCCCAUGCUCUUAGUUAUCAGGAAGCUGAGAGGAAAGCAGCUGAAGCUUUUUCUAUUCAGGAAAGGCUUUAUCAAAGUUUCUUAGUUCAGAGGAGUAAGGUUACUUGGCUGAGACAGGGAAAUUUGAAUACUUCCUUUUUUUAUGCUUUUUUAAAGAAGCCUAAAGCGGAGAAUGGUAUUGUCUCGUUCAUUACAGAAGAUGGCAAAAUGGUGGAUAAAUUCUCAAAAGUGGUUUAUCAUUUUGUGGGGCAUUUAAGAGAUUUUUUGGGAAGUUCCAGCUCGGCCACAGGAAGAUUAAAAGUUCAGAUUGUAGAGAUGGGGCCUCAGCUUUCAGUUGAACGGCAAAUGAAGCUUCUUAAACCUUUUUCUAGGAAGGAGAUUCAGGAGUCUUUAUUCAGCAUUCCUAUAACCAAAUCUCCGGGUCCUGAUGGAUUUGGUUCAGGAUAUUUUAAAGAGGUUUGGCAGGACAUAGGGGAUGAGGUGUGUGCUGCUAUUACUCAGUGUUUUGAAACUGGUAAUUUCCCUACUGAGCUCCAUGAAACAACCUUAUCUUUGAUUCCUAAGGUUGUUAACCCCUCACGGGCUGUUGACAAUAGACCCAUAGCUUGUUGCUAUACAUUGUACAAGUGUAUGGCGAAACUGAUUUGUAAAAGAAUGACCGAUAUUCUCCAUGAUCUAGUACAACCUAAUCAGGGAGCAUUUGUCAAGGGUCACUCUAUUGCCCAUAAUAUUAUGAUUUUUCAAGAUCUCAUAAAAAACUAUGGGAGGACUUCUACUUCUUCGAGAUGUGCUAUCAAGAUAGAUCUUAGAAAGGCCUAUGACACGGUAGAUUGGGAUUUUCUUGAGGACCUGUUAAAAGCUCUUAGAUUUCCUAUGAAAUUCAUUGGUUGGGUCAUGGCUUGUGUUAGGAAUACUUCUUAUUUUCUUCUGAUGAAUGGCAAAUUUAAAGGUGGGAAAGGGCUGAGACAAAGUGACCCCAUGUCACCUUUGUUGUUUGUCCUUAUUAUGGAAUAUCUGACAAGAAGCUUGCAACUAGCUGCUCUUAGUUCACCCUUUAGAUAUCACCCAAUGUGUAAAAGUCUCAAGCUCAUAAAUCUCUGUUUUGCAGAUGACUUAUUGUUAUUCUGUAAGGGCUCUCUCCCUGCUUUUAGAGCUGUCAAGGAGGUUCUUGAUGAUUUUGCUUCUGCCACAGGUCUAUCCAUUAACUCUGAUAAGUCUCAUGUCUUUUUUGGUGGAGUUUCAAACAUUGACAGAACCAGAAUUGCCCUUGAGUUAAAUUUGACAGAAGGAUCUUUUCCUUUAAAUUACCUUGGGGUUCCCAUGAGGCAUACUAAAUGGAAACAUGAAGAUUGUGAAGUUAUCAUUUAG